AUGCCUGAUGGGGGUGUGAAGGGGGAGAGGGCAGAGAGUAAGGUGGAAGAAGGCGGAGGGGAGGGGCGGAGGGGAGGGGCGGAGGGGAGCGGCGACUUGGUUAAGGUGAAUGUGGGGGUGGAGAGAAGCCAAGUCGACUCAAAAGCAGGAGAAGAACCCCUCCGGUGUGCUUUUGAGUCGACUCAAAAGCAGGAGAGAGAACCCCUCCGGUGUGCUUUUGAGUCGACUCAAAAGCAGGAGAGAGAACCCCUCCGGUGUGCUUUUGAGUCGACUCAAAAGCAGGAGAGAGAACCCCUCCGGUGUGCUUUUGAGUCGACUCAAAAGCAGGAGAGAGAACCCCUCCGGUGUGCUUUUGAGUCGACUCAAAAGCAGGAGAGAGAACCCCUCCGGUGUGCUUUUGAGUCGACUCAAAAGCAGGAGAGAGAAGCCCUCCGGUGUGCUUUUGAGUCGACUCAAAAGCAGGAGAGAGAACCCCUCCGGUGUGCUUUUGAGUCGACUCAAAAGCAGGAGAGACAACCCCUCCGGUGUGCUUUUGAGUCGACUCAAAAGCAGGAGAGACAACCCCUCCGGUGUGCUUUUGAGUCGACUCAAAAGCAGGAGAGAGAACCCCUCCGGUGUGCUUUUGAGUCGACUCAAAAGCAGGAGAGAGAACCCCUCCGGUGUGCUUUUGAGUCGACUCAAAAGCAGGAGAGACAACCCCUCCGGUGUGCUUUUGAGUCGACUCAAAAGCAGGAGAGACAACCCCUCCGGUGUGCUUUUGAGUCGACUCAAAAGCAGGAGAGAGAACCCCUCCGGUGUGCUUUUGAGUCGACUCAAAAGCAGGAGAGAGAACCCCUCCGGUGUGCUUUUGAGUCGACUCAAGAGCAGGAGAGAGAACCCCUCCGGUGUGCUUUUGAGUCGACUCAAAAGCAGGAGAGAGAACCCCUCCGGUGUGCUUUUGAGUCGACUCAAAAGCAGGAGAGAGAACCCCUCCGGUGUGCUUUUGAGUCGACUCAAAAGCAGGAGAGAGAACCCCUCCGGUGUGCUUUUGAGUCGACUCAAAAGCAGGAGAGAGAACCCCUCCGGUGUGCUUUUGAGUCGACUCAAAAGCAGGAGAGAGAACCCCUCCGGUGUGCUUUUGAGUCGACUCAAAAGCAGGAGAGAGAACCCCUCCGGUGUGCUUUUGAGUCGACUCAAAAGCAGGAGAGAGAACCCCUCCGGUGUGCUUUUGAGUCGACUCAAAAGCAGGAGAGAGAACCCCUCCGGUGUGCUUUUGAGUCGACUCAAAAGCAGGAGAGAGAACCCCUCCGGUGUGCUUUUGAGUCGACUCAAAAGCAGGAGAGAGAACCCCUCCGGUGUGCUUUUGAGUCGACUCAAAAGCAGGAGAGACAACCCCUCCGGUGUGCUUUUGAGUCGACUCAAAAGCAGGAGAGACAACCCCUCCGGUGUGCUUUUGAGUCGACUCAAAAGCAGGAGAGAGAACCCCUCCGGUGUGCUUUUGAGUCGACUCAAAAGCAGGAGAGAGAACCCCUCCGGUGUGCUUUUGAGUCGACUCAAAAGCAGGAGAGACAACCCCUCCGGUGUGCUUUUGAGUCGACUCAAAAGCAGGAGAGAGAACCCCUCCGGUGUGCUUUUGAGUCGACUCAAAAGCAGGAGAGAGAACCCCUCCGGUGUGCUUUUGAGUCGACUCAAGAGCAGGAGAGAGAACCCCUCCGGUGUGCUUUUGAGUCGACUCAAAAGCAGGAGAGAGAACCCCUCCGGUGUGCUUUUGAGUCGACUCAAAAGCAGGAGAGAGAACCCCUCCGGUGUGCUUUUGAGUCGACUCAAAAGCAGGAGAGAGAACCCCUCCGGUGUGCUUUUGAGUCGACUCAAAAGCAGGAGAGAGAACCCCUCCGGUGUGCUUUUGAGUCGACUCAAAAGCAGGAGAGAGAACCCCUCCGGUGUGCUUUUGAGUCGACUCAAAAGCAGGAGAGAGAACCCCUCCGGUGUGCUUUUGAGUCGACUCAAAAGCAGGAGAGAGAACCCCUCCGGUGUGCUUUUGAGUCGACUCAAAAGCAGGAGAGAGAACCCCUCCGGUGUGCUUUUGAGUCGACUCAAAAGCAGGAGAGAGAACCCCUCCGGUGUGCUUUUGAGUCGACUCAAAAGCAGGAGAGAGAACCCCUCCGGUGUGCUUUUGAGUCGACUCAAAAGCAGGAGAGACAACCCCUCCGGUGUGCUUUUGAGUCGACUCAAAAGCAGGAGAGACAACCCCUCCGGUGUGCUUUUGAGUCGACUCAAAAGCAGGAGAGAGAACCCCUCCGGUGUGCUUUUGAGUCGACUCAAAAGCAGGAGAGAGAACCCCUCCGGUGUGCUUUUGAGUCGACUCAAAAGCAGGAGAGAGAACCCCUCCGGUGUGCUUUUGAGUCGACUCAAAAGCAGGAGAGAGAACCCCUCCGGUGUGCUUUUGAGUCGACUCAAAAGCAGGAGAGAGAACCCCUCCGGUGUGCUUUUGAGUCGACUCAAAAGCAGGAGAGAGAACCCCUCCGGUGUGCUUUUGAGUCGACUCAAAAGCAGGAGAGAGAACCCCUCCGGUGUGCUUUUGAGUCGACUCAAAAGCAGGAGAGAGAACCCCUCUGGUGUGCUUUUGAGUCGACUCAAAAGCAGGAGAGACAACCCCUCCGGUGUGCUUUUGAGUCGACUCAAAAGCAGGAGAGAGAACCCCUCCGGUGUGCUUUUGAGUCGACUCAAAAGCAGGAGAGACAACCCCUCCGGUGUGCUUUUGAGUCGACUCAAAAGCAGGAGAGAGAACCCCUCCGGUGUGCUUUUGAGUCGACUCAAAAGCAGGAGAGACAACCCCUCCGGUGUGCUUUUGAGUCGACUCAAAAGCAGGAGAGACAACCCCUCCGGUGUGCUUUUGAGUCGACUCAAAAGCAGGAGAGAGAACCCCUCCGGUGUGCUUUUGAGUCGACUCAAAAGCAGGAGAGACAACCCCUCCGGUGUGCUUUUGAGUCGACUCAAAAGCAGGAGAGACAACCCCUCCGGUGUGCUUUUGAGUCGACUCAAAAGCAGGAGAGAGAACCCCUCCGGUGUGCUUUUGAGUCGACUCAAAAGCAGGAGAGAGAACCCCUCCGGUGUGCUUUUGAGUCGACUCAAAAGCAGGAGAGAGAACCCCUCCGGUGUGCUUUUGAGUCGACUCAAAAGCAGGAGAGAGAACCCCUCCGGUGUGCUUUUGAGUCGACUCAAAAGCAGGAGAGAGAACCCCUCCGGUGUGCUUUUGAGUCGACUCAAAAGCAGGAGAGAGAACCCCUCCGGUGUGCUUUUGAGUCGACUCAAAAGCAGGAGAGACAACCCCUCCGGUGUGCUUUUGAGUCGACUCAAAAGCAGGAGAGAGAACCCCUCCGGUGUGCUUUUGAGUCGACUCAAAAGCAGGAGAGAGAACCCCUCCGGUGUGCUUUUGAGUCGACUCAAAAGCAGGAGAGAGAACCCCUCCGGUGUGCUUUUGAGUCGACUCAAAAGCAGGAGAGAGAACCCCUCCGGUGUGCUUUUGAGUCGACUCAAAAGCAGGAGAGAGAACCCCUCUGGUGUGCUUUUGAGUCGACUCAAAAGCAGGAGAGACAACCCCUCCGGUGUGCUUUUGAGUCGACUCAAAAGCAGGAGAGACAACCCCUCCGGUGUGCUUUUGAGUCGACUCAAAAGCAGGAGAGACAACCCCUCCGGUGUGCUUUUGAGUCGACUCAAAAGCAGGAGAGAGAACCCCUCCGGUGUGCUUUUGAGUCGACUCAAAAGCAGGAGAGAGAACCCCUCCGAUGUGCUUUUGAGUCGACUCAAAAGCAGGAGAGACAACCCCUCCGGUGUGCUUUUGAGUCGACUCAAAAGCAGGAGAGACAACCCCUCCGGUGUGCUUUUGAGUCGACUCAAAAGCAGGAGAGAGAACCCCUCCGGUGUGCUUUUGAGUCGACUCAAAAGCAGGAGAGAGAACCCCUCCGGUGUGCUUUUGAGUCGACUCAAAAGCAGGAGAGAGAACCCCUCCGGUGUGCUUUUGAGUCGACUCAAAAGCAGGAGAGAGAACCCCUCCGGUGUGCUUUUGAGUCGACUCAAAAGCAGGAGAGAGAACCCCUCCGGUGUGCUUUUGAGUCGACUCAAAAGCAGGAGAGAGAACCCCUCCGGUGUGCUUUUGAGUCGACUCAAAAGCAGGAGAGAGAACCCCUCCGGUGUGCUUUUGAGUCGACUCAAAAGCAGGAGAGAGAACCCCUCUGGUGUGCUUUUGAGUCGACUCAAAAGCAGGAGAGACAACCCCUCCGGUGUGCUUUUGAGUCGACUCAAAAGCAGGAGAGACAACCCCUCCGGUGUGCUUUUGAGUCGACUCAAAAGCAGGAGAGACAACCCCUCCGGUGUGCUUUUGAGUCGACUCAAAAGCAGGAGAGAGAACCCCUCCGGUGUGCUUUUGAGUCGACUCAAAAGCAGGAGAGAGAACCCCUCCGGUGUGCUUUUGAGUCGACUCAAAAGCAGGAGAGACAACCCCUCCGGUGUGCUUUUGAGUCGACUCAAAAGCAGGAGAGACAACCCCUCCGGUGUGCUUUUGAGUCGACUCAAAAGCAGGAGAGACAACCCCUCCGGUGUGCUUUUGAGUCGACUCAAAAGCAGGAGAGAGAACCCCUCCGGUGUGCUUUUGAGUCGACUCAAAAGCAGGAGAGAGAACCCCUCCGGUGUGCUUUUGAGUCGACUCAAAAGCAGGAGAGAGAACCCCUCCGGUGUGCUUUUGAGUCGACUCAAAAGCAGGAGAGAGAACCCCUCUGGUGUGCUUUUGAGUCGACUCAAAAGCAGGAGAGACAACCCCUCCGGUGUGCUUUUGAGUCGACUCAAAAGCAGGAGAGACAACCCCUCCGGUGUGCUUUUGAGUCGACUCAAAAGCAGGAGAGAGAACCCCUCCGGUGUGCUUUUGAGUCGACUCAAAAGCAGGAGAGACAACCCCUCCGGUGUGCUUUUGAGUCGACUCAAAAGCAGGAGAGAGAACCCCUCCGGUGUGCUUUUGAGUCGACUCAAAAGCAGGAGAGACAACCCCUCCGGUGUGCUUUUGAGUCGACUCAAAAGCAGGAGAGACAACCCCUCCGGUGUGCUUUUGAGUCGACUCAAAAGCAGGAGAGAGAACCCCUCCGGUGUGCUUUUGAGUCGACUCAAAAGCAGGAGAGAGAACCCCUCCGGUGUGCUUUUGAGUCGACUCAAAAGCAGGAGAGAGAACCCCUCCGGUGUGCUUUUGAGUCGACUCAAAAGCAGGAGAGACAACCCCUCCGGUGUGCUUUUGAGUCGACUCAAAAGCAGGAGAGACAACCCCUCCGGUGUGCUUUUGAGUCGACUCAAAAGCAGGAGAGAGAACCCCUCCGGUGUGCUUUUGAGUCGACUCAAAAGCAGGAGAGACAACCCCUCCGGUGUGCUUUUGAGUCGACUCAAAAGCAGGAGAGACAACCCCUCCGGUGUGCUUUUGAGUCGACUCAAAAGCAGGAGAGAGAACCCCUCCGGUGUGCUUUUGAGUCGACUCAAAAGCAGGAGAGAGAACCCCUCCGGUGUGCUUUUGAGUCGACUCAAAAGCAGGAGAGAGAACCCCUCCGGUGUGCUUUUGAGUCGACUCAAAAGCAGGAGAGACAACCCCUCCGGUGUGCUUUUGAGUCGACUCAAAAGCAGGAGAGACAACCCCUCCGGUGUGCUUUUGAGUCGACUCAAAAGCAGGAGAGACAACCCCUCCGGUGUGCUUUUGAGUCGACUCAAAAGCAGGAGAGAGAACCCCUCCGGUGUGCUUUUGAGUCGACUCAAAAGCAGGAGAGAGAACCCCUCCGGUGUGCUUUUGAGUCGACUCAAAAGCAGGAGAGACAACCCCUCCGGUGUGCUUUUGAGUCGACUCAAAAGCAGGAGAGACAACCCCUCCGGUGUGCUUUUGAGUCGACUCAAAAGCAGGAGAGACAACCCCUCCGGUGUGCUUUUGAGUCGACUCAAAAGCAGGAGAGAGAACCCCUCCGGUGUGCUUUUGAGUCGACUCAAAAGCAGGAGAGAGAACCCCUCCGGUGUGCUUUUGAGUCGACUCAAAAGCAGGAGAGACAACCCCUCCGGUGUGCUUUUGAGUCGACUCAAAAGCAGGAGAGAGAACCCCUCCGGUGUGCUUUUGAGUCGACUCAAAAGCAGGAGAGAGAACCCCUCCGGUGUGCUUUUGAGUCGACUCAAAAGCAGGAGAGAGAACCCCUCAGGUGUGCUUUUGAGUCGACUCAAAAGCAGGAGAGACAACCCCUCCGGUGUGCUUUUGAGUCGACUCAAAAGCAGGAGAGACAACCCCUCCGGUGUGCUUUUGAGUCGACUCAAAAGCAGGAGAGACAACCCCUCCGGUGUGCUUUUGAGUCGACUCAAAAGCAGGAGAGACAACCCCUCCGGUGUGCUUUUGAGUCGACUCAAAAGCAGGAGAGAGAACCCCUCCGGUGUGCUUUUGAGUCGACUCAAAAGCAGGAGAGAGAACCCCUCCGGUGUGCUUUUGAGUCGACUCAAAAGCAGGAGAGAGAACCCCUCUGGUGUGCUUUUGAGUCGACUCAAAAGCAGGAGAGACAACCCCUCCGGUGUGCUUUUGAGUCGACUCAAAAGCAGGAGAGACAACCCCUCCGGUGUGCUUUUGAGUCGACUCAAAAGCAGGAGAGACAACCCCUCCGGUGUGCUUUUGAGUCGACUCAAAAGCAGGAGAGAGAACCCCUCCGGUGUGCUUUUGAGUCGACUCAAAAGCAGGAGAGAGAACCCCUCCGGUGUGCUUUUGAGUCGACUCAAAAGCAGGAGAGACAACCCCUCCGGUGUGCUUUUGAGUCGACUCAAAAGCAGGAGAGAGAACCCCUCCGGUGUGCUUUUGAGUCGACUCAAAAGCAGGAGAGACAACCCCUCCGGUGUGCUUUUGAGUCGACUCAAAAGCAGGAGAGACAACCCCUCCGGUGUGCUUUUGAGUCGACUCAAAAGCAGGAGAGAGAACCCCUCCGGUGUGCUUUUGAGUCGACUCAAAAGCAGGAGAGAGAACCCCUCCGGUGUGCUUUUGAGUCGACUCAAAAGCAGGAGAGAGAACCCCUCCGGUGUGCUUUUGAGUCGACUCAAAAGCAGGAGAGACAACCCCUCCGGUGUGCUUUUGAGUCGACUCAAAAGCAGGAGAGACAACCCCUCCGGUGUGCUUUUGAGUCGACUCAAAAGCAGGAGAGAGAACCCCUCCGGUGUGCUUUUGAGUCGACUCAAAAGCAGGAGAGACAACCCCUCCGGUGUGCUUUUGAGUCGACUCAAAAGCAGGAGAGACAACCCCUCCGGUGUGCUUUUGAGUCGACUCAAAAGCAGGAGAGAGAACCCCUCCGGUGUGCUUUUGAGUCGACUCAAAAGCAGGAGAGAGAACCCCUCCGGUGUGCUUUUGAGUCGACUCAAAAGCAGGAGAGAGAACCCCUCCGGUGUGCUUUUGAGUCGACUCAAAAGCAGGAGAGACAACCCCUCCGGUGUGCUUUUGAGUCGACUCAAAAGCAGGAGAGACAACCCCUCCGGUGUGCUUUUGAGUCGACUCAAAAGCAGGAGAGACAACCCCUCCGGUGUGCUUUUGAGUCGACUCAAAAGCAGGAGAGAGAACCCCUCCGGUGUGCUUUUGAGUCGACUCAAAAGCAGGAGAGAGAACCCCUCCGGUGUGCUUUUGAGUCGACUCAAAAGCAGGAGAGACAACCCCUCCGGUGUGCUUUUGAGUCGACUCAAAAGCAGGAGAGACAACCCCUCCGGUGUGCUUUUGAGUCGACUCAAAAGCAGGAGAGACAACCCCUCCGGUGUGCUUUUGAGUCGACUCAAAAGCAGGAGAGAGAACCCCUCCGGUGUGCUUUUGAGUCGACUCAAAAGCAGGAGAGAGAACCCCUCCGGUGUGCUUUUGAGUCGACUCAAAAGCAGGAGAGACAACCCCUCCGGUGUGCUUUUGAGUCGACUCAAAAGCAGGAGAGAGAACCCCUCCGGUGUGCUUUUGAGUCGACUCAAAAGCAGGAGAGAGAACCCCUCCGGUGUGCUUUUGAGUCGACUCAAAAGCAGGAGAGAGAACCCCUCAGGUGUGCUUUUGAGUCGACUCAAAAGCAGGAGAGACAACCCCUCCGGUGUGCUUUUGAGUCGACUCAAAAGCAGGAGAGACAACCCCUCCGGUGUGCUUUUGAGUCGACUCAAAAGCAGGAGAGACAACCCCUCCGGUGUGCUUUUGAGUCGACUCAAAAGCAGGAGAGACAACCCCUCCGGUGUGCUUUUGAGUCGACUCAAAAGCAGGAGAGAGAACCCCUCCGGUGUGCUUUUGAGUCGACUCAAAAGCAGGAGAGACAACCCCUCCGGUGUGCUUUUGAGUCGACUCAAAAGCAGGAGAGACAACCCCUCCGGUGUGCUUUUGAGUCGACUCAAAAGCAGGAGAGAGAACCCCUCCGGUGUGCUUUUGAGUCGACUCAAAAGCAGGAGAGACAACCCCUCCGGUGUGCUUUUGAGUCGACUCAAAAGCAGGAGAGACAACCCCUCCGGUGUGCUUUUGAGUCGACUCAAAAGCAGGAGAGACAACCCCUCCGGUGUGCUUUUGAGUCGACUCAAAAGCAGGAGAGAGAACCCCUCCGGUGUGCUUUUGAGUCGACUCAAAAGCAGGAGAGAGAACCCCUCCGGUGUGCUUUUGAGUCGACUCAAAAGCAGGAGAGACAACCCCUCCGGUGUGCUUUUGAGUCGACUCAAAAGCAGGAGAGACAACCCCUCCGGUGUGCUUUUGAGUCGACUCAAAAGCAGGAGAGACAACCCCUCCGGUGUGCUUUUGAGUCGACUCAAAAGCAGGAGAGAGAACCCCUCCGGUGUGCUUUUGAGUCGACUCAAAAGCAGGAGAGAGAACCCCUCCGGUGUGCUUUUGAGUCGACUCAAAAGCAGGAGAGACAACCCCUCCGGUGUGCUUUUGAGUCGACUCAAAAGCAGGAGAGAGAACCCCUCCGGUGUGCUUUUGAGUCGACUCAAAAGCAGGAGAGAGAACCCCUCCGGUGUGCUUUUGAGUCGACUCAAAAGCAGGAGAGAGAACCCCUCAGGUGUGCUUUUGAGUCGACUCAAAAGCAGGAGAGACAACCCCUCCGGUGUGCUUUUGAGUCGACUCAAAAGCAGGAGAGACAACCCCUCCGGUGUGCUUUUGAGUCGACUCAAAAGCAGGAGAGACAACCCCUCCGGUGUGCUUUUGAGUCGACUCAAAAGCAGGAGAGACAACCCCUCCGGUGUGCUUUUGAGUCGACUCAAAAGCAGGAGAGAGAACCCCUCCGGUGUGCUUUUGAGUCGACUCAAAAGCAGGAGAGACAACCCCUCCGGUGUGCUUUUGAGUCGACUCAAAAGCAGGAGAGACAACCCCUCCGGUGUGCUUUUGAGUCGACUCAAAAGCAGGAGAGAGAACCCCUCCGGUGUGCUUUUGAGUCGACUCAAAAGCAGGAGAGAGAACCCCUCCGGUGUGCUUUUGAGUCGACUCAAAAGCAGGAGAGACAACCCCUCCGGUGUGCUUUUGAGUCGACUCAAAAGCAGGAGAGACAACCCCUCCGGUGUGCUUUUGAGUCGACUCAAAAGCAGGAGAGAGAACCCCUCCGGUGUGCUUUUGAGUCGACUCAAAAGCAGGAGAGACAACCCCUCCGGUGUGCUUUUGAGUCGACUCAAAAGCAGGAGAGAGAACCCCUCCGGUGUGCUUUUGAGUCGACUCAAAAGCAGGAGAGACAACCCCUCCGGUGUGCUUUUGAGUCGACUCAAAAGCAGGAGAGAGAACCCCUCCGGUGUGCUUUUGAGUCGACUCAAAAGCAGGAGAGAGAACCCCUCCGGUGUGCUUUUGAGUCGACUCAAAAGCAGGAGAGAGAACCCCUCUGUUGUGGAAGCAAGAAUGUCCCAUCGCCCACCUGCCGUUACUGCAAGAAAACGGGUCACACCAUCGAUGAAUGCUUCAAAUUGAAGAAGAAGAAAGAGCUUGAAGAAAGCUCUAAACGGGAGAAAUCCGUCUUCCAACCCUCGGUGCAUGUCUCCACCAGCUCCUCUGCUGAAGCUACUCCGACCCCCACACCACCUCCUGCCCCAUCAACCCCUCAGUCCGUACCUGAUUCCCGGUACGUGGACAUUGCUGUCAGCACCAGCCACCACCCCAUCUUCUCCACAUGGACUCCUCUCGUCGCUGCUGUCUUCAUUCUCACCAUCCUCCUUCUCCUCCUCCUCUUCCCUUAUGGGGCUCCCUACGCAUCGGCAUUCACGGCCUCCUCAUUCAAUAUGGAGCGGACUUCGUCGUGGCUGGUGGACAGCGGCGCAUCCUCCCAUAUCUGCUCGGAUCGUUCGCUGUUUUCGUCUCUCAAGAAGCCCAACGAAGAGAUCCUUGUUCGUUUUGGUGGAGGAGAGACUUACAAGGUCUUGGGAGUCGGCACGGUGGUGGCUACUCUUCGGUCACCAACAUCGGAAACCACCAUUCAGCUUGACAACGUUCUAUUUCUCCCUUCAUCAGUUCACAACCUGCUCUCUGUUCGUGCGCUUGGUGCUGCCGGCGUUGCCGUCUCGUUCCCCGCUGCUGGGCGCGUUGUUCUCACAUCUGAUGACGUUCCUAUUGGCGAGGGCUACACCCGCAACAAUCUGUUUUAUCUUCAACUGCAUCAUGGGAGCAGUGCUGCUCCUUCUAUCAAGCCAACUGCAUGUCCAGCCUCCACCACCACCUCCUCGUACCUCUGGCAUCGUCGUUUCGGGCAUCUCAACAUGCAGGCCUUGUCAACACUUCAUCGGCAACAGCUGGUCACCGGUCUUCACCUCUCCUCCACCUCGAUUCCCCCCCUGCAUCUCCACCGUGUCAUCCUUUCUCGUGAUGUCAUCUUCAUGGAGCCCUCUGCACCGCCUUCCGACGACUCUCGCGACCCUCCAUCGUCAUCUCCACCCACAUCCUCCUCACUACCUCCUCCUACACACCCUUCUUCCUUGGACCCAAUCUCCCCUCCCUCUCCUUCCCCCACCAUACCUUCCUCCACCAACCCCCACCCACAAUCCCCAAACCUGCCCGCACCAGCCACAUCUUCUCCUCCUCCAUUGUUUUCCAACCUUCCUCUGCCCUCGACGCCGCAAGACUUUCACCUUCCAUCCUUCUCUCCUCCCUCUUCGCCUCCCCCUCCCCAUUGCACGACUCGCUCCUCCCCGCCAUCCCCUUCAGCUCUUCCCGAUCCUUCCCUUUUCUCCUUCCUCAAGGUCUUACCAUCCCCUUCCGAACCCAUUGACUUCACUCUUCCUCCUCUUUCCAACACCUCUGCCAAUGCUGCCCUUCACCAUCAUUACGAACCUCAAACCAUUCAUGAGGCUCGUACCGGCCCUGAUGCUGCCGAAUGGAUCAAGGCUGCUGAUGCGGAACUCGCUGCCCUGCACGCUAAUGACACCUACAGCAUUACUCAAAAGCAGGAGAGACAACCCCUCCGGUGUGCUUUUGAGUCGACUCAAAAGCAGGAGAGACAACCCCUCCGGUGUGCUUUUGAGUCGACUCAAAAGCAGGAGAGACAACCCCUCCGGUGUGCUUUUGAGUCGACUCAAAAGCAGGAGAGACAACCCCUCCGGUGUGCUUUUGAGUCGACUCAAAAGCAGGAGAGACAACCCCUCCGGUGUGCUUUUGAGUCGACUCAAAAGCAGGAGAGACAACCCCUCCGGUGUGCUUUUGAGUCGACUCAAAAGCAGGAGAGAGAACCCCUCCGGUGUGCUUUUGAGUCGACUCAAAAGCAGGAGAGACAACCCCUCCGGUGUGCCUGA